GGUGGUUGUGGUUUAAAUCGAUAUUUGAUUCCUGGCACCAGAGUAUGAGAGAGUGGUCCUAUUAGACAGAGAGAGGCUCCAUUACAUAAUGUGCAGACUGCAGAGUGCAUGAGCCAUCUGUUGCUCUCAGCCUAUCUACAAAUCAUCAGGCCGUUUUAUUUCUGAAAAGUCCAGGUGAGAUAGCAACCUCACGUACUACCCGUAAGCUCCAUCUGCUCAGCAGGGUGGAACUGAUGGCCCUGUUCAGCCGUGCAUGUAGUAAAUCACCAAGUAAGCCACGGUCCUUGUGGUUGCACAGUCACAGUCCUUGCAGAGGAGUCAGUGCAAAAACCUUUUUUUGUGAGGUGAUUUGGAAACGAUUUUCUGAAGAUAGAAAAGGAAUCUAGAUAGAGUUGUUUUUAAAACACAUAAUUUCUCUGUUGAAGCAGUGACAACAUGGCACUGAACGCCUCUGAGAUUGCUCUGUUCGGGAUCGGCCAUGGCGAAGAGGGAGGCUGUAACCACACGGACGCCUGGGAGUGGGUUUACGCCAUGCAGCCGGCCUACAUGACCGCCAUCUGCGUGCUGGGCAUCGCCGGCAACGCUUUCGUCCUCGCCGUCCUCUGUCUGCAGCGGCAGCACAGCACGGUGGCUGACGUCUACCUGGGCAACCUGGCCGUGGCUGACUUGGUGAUGAUGUGCUGCCUCCCCUUCUGGAUCAGCACCGUCCUACACCGCUUCAACUGGGCCUACGGCACGGCCAUGUGCCAGCUGGUGGGCCUGGUGGUCGGGAUGAACUACCUGUGCAGCGUGCUCUUCCUGACCGUGGUGAGCCUGGACCGCUACGUGGCGCUGGCCAGGCCGCUGGCUCACCGGAGGCGGCGGCGCUCGACCGUGGCCCGGGGCGUGUGCGCCGGAGUCUGGGUGCUGGGGGGGAUGCUCAGCCUGCCGGGCCUCCUCUUCCGCUCGGUGGACUUCUUCCCCGAGUUUGGCGUGGAGGCGUGCCACCUGGCCUACCCGCACCCCGGCUGGCGGAUCCGCUACAACGUGACCGCUAACCUGGUGGGCUUCCUCAUCCCUGUGCCCAUAGUGGCGUUCAGCAGCUAUCACAUUGUCGCCAUCCUCACCGAUAAGCAGGUGCGCAGUAGUGCCACGGGUCACGCGGAGAGAAAGGCUGCUUCCCUGGUGCUGGUGGUGCUCGCUGUGUUUGUCCUGUGCUGGCUGCCGUACCAGCUGGUCAUAUUCUUGGACACCUUGCACUACUACCAGGUCAUCUCUGGGUGUCUCCUGGAGCACAGCCUGGACAUUUGGACCCAGCUGGCCACAUAUCUCGGCUACAGCAACAGCGCCAUUAACCCCUUCCUCUAUGUGAUUGUUGGUAAACACUUCAGGCACAGAGCUAGCGCCAUAUUACACACAGUCAUGAGCUGUGAUAAGAAACAGGCCAUUUUUGUUGACAAUUCCACGAGGUAUAAAAGCACUGAACGUAGCAGUGUGUAGUCUUUGCUCUUCAUAUAGAUGUUACUGUUAUAUCAUAUAUAUAUCAUCAGCUACUUAAAAAAUGUGAAGAAAAAUCCAUUCUAAAACUCUUUAAACUUGUUUAAUGACUGUUGACCAAUAGACCUAGUAAUUAUAUUUCCAAUUUGUGGUUUGGUGGUAUUUCCCAUGAAAAUAUGUAAGUUUGUAAGUUGUAGAUACUCUGAUGCCAUCAUGGUGCGUUUGGUGCUCCUACUCUAAAUCCAAUACUACUCUUUUGUCAAAGCAUUUAAGGGUGACUGUAAUGAGUCCUACAACUGAGAUUAUAGCUGAAAAGAGAUCAACCUUGUGUAGGCCUAGCUUCAAUGUCACAAACCUGAAAGAUUCUUUAGAGGCUUUAUACUUAUACUUACUAUACACUCUGCAUACUGUAUUUAGUAUCUACUGCACGGUGUCCUGUGUCACUGCAUCUACUGUACAUGAAAAUAGGCUAACAACAGAUUCAUCAGGUGACAAAUAAACUUGAAUGUCGAAAUAAAACAAUGAAGAGACUACUGCUACAGACUACCAUGGCGAUACGACUGGCAAUAUUGCUACGGAUCCAUGUCAAUAGGUCAUUAAGGGUCCGUGCUCCCUUACGAUUAAUGCCCAAGUUGGUAUAGUGAAUAAUAGCAUUGUUACCUUACAAGAAGUUUAUUCAGAUUUGAUUUGUUGCAGAGAAAAGAGCAACUUAUUCGAGGUUUCGUAAUCAGAGGAUGCGUAUCGGCUUAUUUAUUGAAAGGCUCUAAGCUUUCAACAGAAGAUGCUCCAUGGAUGAUUUCCCUGUAUGAAUGGCGCGUUCAUCUUUUUUAAAGUAAUUUGGACACACCCAUCUAUCUUUUGUUUGGUUGACCCCUACGGCCAAUUAGAUCUAACCCCGCUAUCUGACCUUCACUCAAACAGAGCGUGUUACCCGUUUGGCACCAUGCCGGAGGUGCCCUCACUGAGUGGUACCCUGUUGCCCCCGCUUCAAUUUAGCGCCAUGCUAGGAUUCACCACAGUGGGGGAGGUAACCGUUCUUUUGACCCUCUCCUCGGACAAACACCAUGUUCCCUAAUGCUACCGAAUGGGAAUACACCACACGGAAUGAAUUAUAGUGCCUUACAAAACGAAGCUACUACCUAGUGGCUUAUGGAGUGCUAUCUUGAAUUAUAAGCUAUACACAACUGACAGAAGCCGUGGUAAAUCAUGGCAGAGCUCAUUACAUUCCAAAGAGGAGCACCAGUUGGCCAAGUUAUGAAAUUAAAGUAACAACCUUCAUUUUAGCUGAGGAAUUACUGGAAAAGGAAAGUUAACUAAGGAAUUACUGGAAAAGGAAAGUUAACUACCGGUAUUAAAAUUGUGUUUGAGCAAAGUGUGGGGUGCUGUUUUUAACUGUGUUAAAAGCAGCAGUACACUCCUGGUAUAUGGUACAUUAUUGAGCUUCAUUGCUUAAUCAUAUAUCUUUGCAAUUUUGUUACUUUGUCUUACUGGAAUGUCCUUGUUUCUGUGGGACAAAAAAAGUUCCCUAAUCUGAAUAAAACAAUGCUCUCUGUUUAAAACCUG